AUGGCGGCGCGCAAGAACAGUCAACGGCCACCCUGCCGCCAUUCCCCAACGAGCAGCUCAGAUAUCGAUGCCGAAGAGCGCCAGGUAGGCAGUACUUCAACUUACGGCUCUGGGAAAUCUUCUCAGCCUGCGCCAUCCGAUUGUAUUCCAUCAGUUGCUCGGGAGCUUUUGCGAGCCGGUCAAGUCGAAGAAAACGGCAUCCGCCCUUUGGUGGUGGGGGAACGAACACAGAAGCGCUUCUGGAGCAUAUUUACCAUUUGGUUCUCCAUCAACUCCAACAUUCUCGGUAUAACAGUCGGCAUGCUCGGCCCUCUCGUGCACAACCUGAGCUUACGUGAUUCCGCCCUUGUGAUCGUCUGCUUCAAUCUGCUUGCAGCCAUCGCAGCAGGGUAUCUUGCCACAUUUGGUCCAAAGACGGGCAUGAGGCAAAUGAUUCAUGCUCGCUAUAGCUUUGGCAUCCAACGUGUUUUCAUCAAGCGGCGAGCUGAUUCAUGCGUUGUCCGAAGCCGUUAUUUCGUUUCCAUUCCAGUUCUGUUGAAUCUGGCCACGAUGACGGGAUUCAAUGCCAUCAUUUGCGUCGUUGGCGGGCAGUGUCUCUCAGCAAUAUCGUCGGGAACCAUAACGCCGAAUGUAGGCAUUGUUGUAAUUUCCGUAUUGUCCUUGAUUGUCUCCUUUGCCGGAUUCAAGGUGUUGCACAUUUUUGAAACAUUUGCUUUCAUCCCUGCUCUCAUCAGUAUCAUGAUAGCUGCUGGGGUUGGCGGGAGCAGACUCAAACAACAGCAAGAGCCCGCAGCACCAACAACGGCCGCUGACAUCUUGAGCUUUGGUAUGAUCAUUGCCGGGUAUCAAAUCCCCUGGGCUGCGAUUUCCAGCGAUUUGACAACGUAUUUCGACCCCAAGGUCCCGUCGUGGCGAGUGUUUCACUAUACAUAUUGGGGGCUGGCCAUUCCCACUGUAUUGCUCAUGUCUCUCGGUGCGGCUAUUGCAGGUGCGCUACCUAGCAAUCCCACCUGGGAAGAAGGCAACGAGGCAUACGGCGUGGGCGGCGUUCUGGCGGCCAUGGUGAGUAGCGCAGGCGGAUUCGGGAAAUUCGUAGUGGUGCUGCAGGCACUCUCUCUUCUCGGCAAUACUUGCGGCACCUUCUAUGCCAUCACACUGAACUUUCAGGCCCUCGCGCCCAUUCUCUUCAAGGUUCCCAGGUACGUGUUUGCGGUAGUCAUUACGGCAAUCAUCAUUCCGGUGGCAAUAUACGCAUAUCGCGACUUUUAUGCUGGCCUCAACAACUUCAUGUCGAUGAUUUCGUAUUGGUCGGCGGCCUUUGUGGGCAUUGUCAUGACGGAUCAUGUGGUCAUUCGGCGCUGCCGCUUUGAUUCGUACGACCAGGCCAUAUGGACCAAAGGAAGCAAGCUGCCGUUGGGCGUGGCAGCCAUUUCCAGCGGCGUGCUUGCGUUGGGCUUGGUGGUUCCCUGUAUUAGCGAGGAGUGGUAUGUUGGCCCCAUUGCGGAAAAGGCUGGUGAUAUUGGUUUUGAGGUGGCAUUCUCAUUGAGUGCGAUGUUGUAUGUGCCGCUUCGGAUUCUAGAGAAGCGUUUUACGGGCCGAUGA